GAGAUUUUUAUAAAAGAGAUGCGGCAGGAAUGAAAAAUGGGGAUUCUCCUCGGCAAUCUCCGGCGGCACAAAAAUUAGAAUCAAACACAAAAGUACAAUGCGUCUGCAUCUAUAAAACCAGAAGCAGCAAACACAACAGAGAACAACUAAUACUUCUCGCCUGCAUCACCACCAACACCCACCCCCCCCGAGUAAAAAACCAGUAGUCGUGGGCUGCUAGUAAUAUUCUCGUAAUUCUCUCCCAAUCCAGAUCUCCAUCUCUCUCUCUCCCCAGUCAACUCUCUCUCUCUCUCUCUCUCGCUCUAUAUAUAAUUAUCUGUUGAUACAAGUCAUAAGUCCAUCUCCAGUCAUGACUACCGACAACAAUAAUAAUAUGAAUUCUCGUAAAGAGCUCAGGCAUGUUGAGUCCAUGGCUGCAUUCCCUUCUGGCGCUGGCAACAUUCCCCACCUCAACGCUGUCAUUCUUGGUGAAGCACUUGCCUCUGAAGAAAAUGAUCUUAUUUUCCCCAGUCGUGAUUUCUGCAGUCAAGCUCUCAUCCCCUCUCCCCAAAAGUAUUUGGAGAUGUACAAGAGAUCAAUUGAGGACCCAGCUGGGUUUUGGUCUGAUAUUGCUUCUGAUUUUUACUGGAAAAAGAAAUGGGGUCACCAGGUUUUUGUUGAAAAUCUUGAUGUCAGGAAAGGGGCUAUCAAAAUUCAGUGGUUCAAAGGAGGUGUUAGCAACAUUUGUUACAACUGCUUGGAUAGAAUCAUCGAAUCUGGUGAUGGCGACAAAGUUGCGAUUUAUUGGGAAGGGAAUGAACCCGGCGCUGAUGGUGUUUUGACAUAUAAUCAGUUGCUGCAAAGAGUUUGCCAGCUUGCUAACUACUUGAAAGAUAAUGGUGUUGAAAAGGGUAAUGCUGUUCUAAUUUACUUGCCCAUGUUGAUGGAAUUGCCUAUAGCUAUGCUUGCAUGUGCUAGGAUUGGUGCCGUUCACUCUGUUGUUUUUGCUGGAUUCUCUGCGGAGGCUGUUGCUCAAAGAAUCAUCGACUGUAGACCAAAGAUUGUGAUUACUUGCAACGCUGUCAUGAGGGGGCCUAAAAUCAUUAAUCUCAAGGACAUAGUUGAUGCUGCACUUGACGAAGCAUCCCAUAACGGGGUCACUGUAGAUACAUGUUUGACCUUUGAGAAUGAAUCUGCCAUGACAAGGAAAGCUACAAAAUGGCAAGCAGGAAGGGAUAUCUGGUGGCAGGAUGUUGUGCCCAAGUAUCCACAAGUAUGUGAUGUGGUUUGGGUUGAUGCAGAGGAUCCACUUUUUCUGCUCUACACUAGUGGGAGCACUGGAAAGCCGAAGGGUGUUCUGCAUACAACAGGAGGCUACAUGAUUUACACUGCAACAACAUUCAAGUAUGCCUUUGACUACAAACAGUCGGAUGUAUACUGGUGUACCGCUGACUGUGGUUGGAUUACUGGACACAGCUAUGUUACUUAUGGGCCUCUUCUUAAUGGAGCAACUGUUGUUGUCUAUGAAGGGGCUCCAAAUUAUCCAGAUUCUGGACGUAGUUGGGCAAUCGUUGACAAGUACAAGGUGACAUUAUUCUAUACUGCCCCAACACUGGUGCGAUCUCUCAUGCGCGAUGGAGAUGAGCAUGUUACCCGUCACUCUCGCAAAUCCUUGCGUGUGCUUGGAAGCGUCGGCGAGCCCAUCAAUCCAAGUGCAUGGAGAUGGUACUUCAAUGUAGUUGGAGACUCGAGGUGCCCGAUAUCUGACACAUGGUGGCAAACAGAAACUGGUGGCUUCAUGAUCACUCCCAUUCCCGGUGCAUGGCCACAGAAGCCUGGAUCUGCCACACUUCCAUUUUUCGGCGUCCAGCCUGUUAUAGUUGACGAGAAGGGUAUAGAAAUUAAAGGUGAGUGCAGUGGAUAUUUAUGCAUAAAAGGUUCCUGGCCUGGUGCAUUUAGAACUCUUUAUGGAGAUCAUGAUAGAUAUGAGACGACUUAUUUCAAGCCAUUCCCUGGCUAUUAUUUCAGCGGUGAUGGCUGCAGCAGGGACAAGGACGGGUACCACUGGCUCACUGGAAGAGUUGAUGAUGUCAUCAACGUCAGUGGACACCGUAUCGGAACUGCAGAAGUUGAAUCUGCUCUAGUUUCUCAUCCCCAGUGUGCUGAAGCGGCCGUAGUUGGAGUUGAGCAUGAGGUAAAAGGUCAGGGAAUAUAUGCUUUUGUCACUCUGGUUGAUGGUGUUCCAUACAGUGAAGAGCUUCGGAAGAGUCUUAUACUUGCUGUAAGAAAGCAGAUUGGUGCAUUUGCAGCCCCGGAUAAAAUCCACUGGGCACCUGGUCUUCCAAAGACUAGAAGUGGGAAGAUCAUGAGGAGGAUUCUGAGGAAAAUUGCUGCAAGACAACUAGAUGAGCUUGGGGACACAAGCACACUAGCAGAUCCAUGUGUAGUUGAUCAGCUAAUUGCAUUAGCUGAUUGCUGAGGUCCCUGAUAUGUUCCCAUAUAUAUACAGCUGCAGAGCCCUGAUUGGGUAAAGCUUCAUCUUCAGUCAGAAUAAUAACAGAAUAAAAUCCUAUAUUUAAUUGAUGUUUCAUAAUUUCUUUUUUACAAAUAAUGACUGAUGUGUAAUGUAUCAUAGUUCUAGUUUGCUAUAUAUACACUGAUUUCUUUUUAGCCUGUGUCAUAUUUUAUUUUAAAUGAGCAGAAAUUGUAAGAUGUAUUUGAAUACUUUGGAGUUUCGGUAUCAAUUUUCACUGCAAGGUUUGCUGCU